AUGAGAGCCCUGCCCUUGUGGGUCCUGAUAGCAUCUCGCCCUAACUACAUGAGAGCCCUGGCCUUGUGGGUCCUGAUAGCAUCUCGCCCUAACUACAUGAGAGCCUAUAUGAGAGCCCUGCCCUUGUGGGUCAUGAUGACAUCUCGCCCUAACUACAUGAGAGCCCUGCCCUUGUGGGUCCUGAUAGCAUCUCGCCCUAACUACAUGAGAGCCUAUAUGGGAGCCCUGCCCUUUUGGAUCCUGAUAGCAUCUCGCCCUAACUACAAGAGAGCCCUGCCCUUGUGGGUCCUGAUAGCAUCUCGCCCUAACUACAUGAGAGCCCUGCCCUUGUGGGUCCUGAUAGUAUCUCGCCCUAACUACAUGAGAGCCCUGCCCUUGUGGGUCCUGAUAGCAUCUCGCCCUAACUACAUGAGAGCCUAUAUGAGUGCCCUGCCCUUGUGGGUCCUGAUAGCAUCUCGCCCUAACUACAUGAGAGGCUAUAUUAGAGCCCUGCCCUUGUGGGUCCUGAUAGUAUCUCGCCCUAACUACAUGAGAGCCCUGCCCUUGUGGGUCCUGAUAGCAUCUCGCCCUAACUACAUGAGAGCCUAUAUGAGAGCCCUGCCCUUGUGGGUCCUGAUAGCAUCUCGCCCUAACUACAUGAGAGCCCUGCCCUUGUGGGUCCUGAUAAAAUCUCGCCCUAACUACAUGAGAGCCCUGCCCUUGUGGGUCCUGAUAGCAUCUCGCCCUAACUAA